GUAAAACGCUAAACUAAGUAAACGUUCAGCAAAAGUUAACAUUCCUUCCCGUGAGAUAUGUUGGCGUGUACUCGAUCUAUCGAUCGGUUCAGCGCGCACCUCCCUUGCGCCGCGCGACUCAACCCCACAGUGCGACCCACCGUGCCGAACAGCCAUUGUAUCCCCGAAUAACGUAUUAAAAAUGAUAAAACCCAACAAAAAUCAACCCUAAAACGUUAAAACCACAAACCCGUGAAAAAACAUUAGUGAAUAAAACACAAUAAUCGAAAUUCGACACCUUAAAACAAUGAGUAUAAUAAAGUAAAUCGACGGGGAAAAUGGCUGCUCCAAAUACCAAAGGCACGUUCAAACUAUAAUGUAAUAAAAACUAAAUUAGAGUAGUGUAAAGAAGUCUUCCAAUAGUGUUAAGAAUUAAAAUAAUAUUUAUAAAUUAGUUCGUGAAUAGAAAGUGAAAAUAUAUUUACCGAGAUAGUAAAUCGAUGUCUUCCCGUUGGUGUCAAUUUUAAAGUUUAAUUGGCAAGAGUAUAUGCAUUAAGUAUAUUAAAUCGCUAGUUGAUUGGCUUAUACUGCCUGUGAGGUGUGUGAAGUAGGUACAAACCGGCUUGAAGAUGAUAAACCUGGGCAAGUUCAAGUUGCCUCCCUUGAGGAAUGUGCUGGACGUGACGAUGCAGACUGUCAGGCAACAGAUCCCGGAGAAGCCGGGCGCUCCUCCGCGUCCGCCACAAAACGUCAGGUUCGCGAACUUAGACAAUAUGGGUGAAAGCUGCGAACUAUCAACUAUGAAUGAAACCACAUCGCCUAGCUACCAGUCAACUAAUCCCACGAACCCGUUCCUAAGCGGAGCCCUGCAGGCCGAAGACUCUUUCACCAGCUAUCAGAACACCUAUCCUCAGCAAGAUGGAGCUCCCAGGACUCAGAGCAUGCAAAGCGUAGAUUUUUAUGCUUCAUCUGAAGAAGGCGGAGGCUUCGAGGAAGGUGGUGGCCCGCCUGGCGCAAAAAUCAAUGAAUACCAAGCAGCUUGGAACGUCACUAAUGCUAUUCAGGGUAUGUUCGUAGUGUCCCUGCCGUUCGCCGUCCUACAAGGCGGUUACUGGGCCAUCGCUGCGAUGAUCGGCAUCGCACAUAUUUGCUGCUACACUGGUAAGAUCCUCGUCGAAUGCCUCUAUGAAGAUGAUCCCGUGUCGGGCCAACGUGUACGAGUUCGUGACUCCUAUGUAAGCAUCGCUAAAGAAUGCUUCGGCAGGAAAUAUGGCGCAAGAAUUGUCAAUCUCGCUCAAAUUAUCGAACUGCUAAUGACAUGCAUUCUUUACGUCGUCGUGUGUGGUGAUCUUAUGAUUGGCACCUUCCCUGAUGGCGCUAUUGACGCUAGGUCUUGGAUGAUGCUAACAGGCAUAUUCCUUCUGCCUUUGGCUUUCUUGAAAUCGCUCAAAAGUGUGAGUAUGCUGUCCUUCUGGUGUACCAUGAGCCACUUGAUAAUAAACGCUAUCGUUCUGGGUUAUUGUAUCCUUAACAUCGGCGACUGGGGCUGGUCUAAAGUCAAAUGGACUUUAGAUUUUGAGAACUUUCCCAUCAGCUUGGGCGUCAUCGUCUUUUCAUACACUUCGCAGAUAUUCCUGCCAACACUAGAAGGUAACAUGGAGGAUCGUUCCAAAUUCGAAUGGAUGUUAGAUUGGUCUCACAUUGCCGCUGCAGCAUUCAAAUCCAUUUUCGGAUACUUGUGCUUUUUGACUUUCCAAAACGAUACGCAACAGGUGAUUACGAAUAACUUGCGUUCAGCUGGGUUUAAGGGUCUAGUCAACUUUUUCCUUGUCAUUAAGGCAGUGCUGAGUUACCCUCUGCCUUACUAUGCGGCGUGUGAUCUGCUGGAGCGUGCUCUGUUUAGAGGCAAACCUAAAACAAUAUUCCCAGUAAUUUAUGCACUAGAUGGCGAGCUGAAGGUGUGGGGACUUGCAUGGAGACUGGGAGUGAUAAUGUUCACUAUUUUGAUGGCAAUAUUUAUUCCUCACUUCGCUAUCCUGAUGGGUUUCAUCGGCAGCUUCACGGGAACUAUGCUGAGCUUCAUUUGGCCAGCCUACUUCCACCUCAAACUGAAGGGCAACACACUUGAAAGCACAAGGAUUGCGUAUGAUUACUUCAUAAUAGCCCUGGGUGUUCUUUUUGGAGUCAUCGGUAUGUACGAUUCUGGAUCGGCUCUGAUCAAGGCAUUCAAAAUAGGAUUGCCGUUCUAAUUUCCCAUAAUAAUAGACUCAUUGUUGAACUAUUUUUAGAUUUACGCGUACAUCGUAAACUAAACUUUGCCGCGAUAAUAAUACGGCUGAAUGUUGAAUGCAUGAUUUAUGUACCUAGACCGGUGUAUUGAUAAGUUUUGUAUCUUAGGUCUGUUUAGUACAUGGGCAAAUAGUUUUUGUUAGCGGACUUAUUUCUUCGUAUAGUGACAAUAAUUAAUGUUUAAGAGAACGAUCGCCUUUUGCCUUCGCAACUUCGUUUUACUCCAGAUUUUUAUGUAUAUAGUUAUAAUUGUCUAGCUUAUUCUACAAAUAUUGUAUGAAGUACUGUUAAUCCAAUGUCUUCCAAUGAAAUAUUACGUUUUUGAAGUAUGUAACAACGAAGUCUUCCAUUGAUUAUGUCGCUAUCAACAGCGAUGUUAUCUGCUUGUACUUACGUAUAAAUAUCAAAAACAUAUUUGGAUAAUAUUUACAUUAAUCUUAGGUAUUGUAUUGUAAAUCAUUGAUAUUUUAUCAAGUCCUAGUUUACUCCGAUUUUGAAACACCUAAUUUAAAAAGAAAAGCAAGCGUAUAUAUUGAACAUGUUUAGUUUAUAAAAAAAGUUAUUUAAUUAUUUGUGUUAAGUCAUUCUGAAAGAUCUAUUUACAAACUUAUACAUUUUAUUUAUUAAGAUGAUUGGAGAAGUAAACUAGCUCAUAUUCAGACGACUAUAUCCGAACUAAGUCUUCCACUUCUAAAUAUAAUUGUUGUUGAUUAUAUUAAUAGAAUAUUGUACUAAAUUAUACAUGUUGAUUAGACUAGAUAGUUAUGUUACAUUGAGAUAUUGUGAGAAUAUGUGAUUAUUGUGAUACCAACGUUUUCAAAUAUUAUAUUAAGUAUACAGAUGAUUUUGAAGAAACUGAGAAACAUGACAAUGACUUUUGUAAAUUAAAAGUUGACAACAAUGACAUGAAACUAAUACAAGGAUAAAAAAAUAUGAUGUAAAAGCUGUAGACGAACAGUCUUCUCAAAACAAAACAAUCUUUAUGUGAAAGAAAGAUCAAAUCGGUACUAAGGUUAUUGAAAAAUGCUGUGCGUCUACUUCUAGGUAGAUGGUAUUGUUAGUGUCCUCAAAUAUUUCAUAUGAGAACAACUCACUAUGUAUUAAAGACAGUUAGGAAACUUGUCAUAAUACUAAAAACUGAAAACGUGGGUAUGUACUGCGCGAAUAUUAAUACCUCUAAAACUCCAUAAAGAAAGGUUAAGUCUUAAAUAUGGCCUCACAGUCGAUGGGUUGCUUUACCAAGCAGUUAUCUAAUUAACAAUACAAAGAAAAAACAGUCUAAAUACUCUACCAUCUGUAUACCUAGUAUAAGAAAUUGGGCUUCCAAAGUUUCGAUGGUAAAACUUUAUAAUAAAAAGAUGCUUGUCUUCGAUAACGCCUAACCGUUUAGUUCUGAUUAACUUAUCCAGGCUUGUAUCCAUAUGAAUAUUUAGAAAUGUAUCCAAGUGCAAUAAUGUUGUAUAAAUAUACUUAAUAAUAUGUAUUGUGAUGAAAUGAACAAUUCUAGGUGUGUAUUUUAAAUAAUAUAAAAUGUUAUUCGAUA